AUCACCAGCACCCACAACACCACCACCCCCACCAACAACGACACCAACGCAACCAACAACGCCAACACCCCCACCACCAUCAUCAUCCGCGUCCCCGUCCCCAUCUCCAUCAGUGCUCCACGUCGACCAAUGGGACGUGUGCUCCACCCACUUCUCCACAAAGCCCCGGGUGUCGGCCCGCUGGCUCAAGGCCCAGAAGGAGGAGCUGACCCACAUGAGGGCCGUCCAACACGGCAACCAGGCCGUGGUGGAGAACCUGGUGCAGUACUUGAGUGAGGAGGUGGGGGAGCAGAGGUAUGAGGACAUCAUCCAGGAGAACAUCGCCGGGAUCAAAGAGGAGCACGCCAGCUGCCAAGAGGCCACUCAGAAGGCCCUCGAGGACCUGGAGAGGCAACUGGAGGGGGACGUCAUGGAAACGCUCUCUGGGAUGCAGAGGAUCCGAGAGGAGCUGGCGUCCUUUGAAGGUCUGCGCCGUGGCGUGGUCGACGCCGCCGGCCGCCUGGAGCUCGCCGUGCCCGCCCUGCAGGCGUCCUUCACCAGGAAGAUCGGGAACGCCGCGCUCAGGAACACCGCGCUCCGGCGCCACCGCGGCUAAGGGAGCAGGGAGAGGAGUGAGAGGAUGAGCGAGUGACUGAAGGAGUGAGAGGGUGAACGAGUGACUUAAGGAGUGAGAGGAUGAGCGAGUGACCGAAUGAGAGAGUGAAUGAAUGAAUGUGUCAAUUGGUGAGGGAACUAAUGGGGAAGUGAGUGAGUGAAUUUAUGAGGGAGUGAGUGAGGGAAUUAAUGAGUGAAUUGGUGAGUGAGUAAAUGAGUAAGGGAGUGAAUGAAUGAAUGUUGGAGAUGUUACACAAUGCUAGCAAGCUCUGCCGGGAGUGAGAUUGUGUUGCACCUGAUUCUGAUCCAUAUUUUGAAGAUGU